AAAUAUGUUAGAACUCAGCAAGUUCAGUGUGGUAGCUUUAAUGUUCAGCAGCCAUUUCUUCUCUCUCUUACCUUUCUGUGUAAAAACACCAAUGGCUGAUGGCGUCAUUCAUAAAAAAAAAAUUAAAAAAAAAAACAGUGGGAUAUAUAUGGAGCUUUCACUGUAUGGAAGGAUGGUGGUGUCGCUGCAGAAAGCUGUGAGGGGAGUGGACUUUUUCAUCUUCAACUUCCUCUCUUUCUGUGCUAUCUUUAAUAAGUCACACUCUCAUAGACCUCUAGGGAAAAUAAAGGGCAGUGUUCUUCUUUCAGAGAUGGCAUGCUCUCUACAUCUCUCAUCUUACAGUGUUGUGCUGCUUCUCAUGGUCUCCCUCCACGAUGUAGAGGCGUCCGGUUGUGAACGUGUUAUCGACAAAAUGGUCGGAGACACCGUGGUGUUUUCAUCAUGUCUACCAACUGAAGGGGUUAUCGUAGCUGAAUGGAAAUACCAAAAUGAAAAUGUUAUCAAAGAAAUAAGUAAAAUUGAUCAGUUCAAGGGCAGAUAUGAUUCCAAAAACUAUACUUUAACAGUGAGACAGCUGACUAGACAAGAUUCAGGUAAAUUCCUUUUUACCUCAGAGGCGAACUACCAACAAAGAGAUACAGUCAUCAUCACUCUGCGGGUUCAUGAGCCCAUAACUCAGAAGCCUCAUUUAAAACAGAACAAUUUCACCACAAAUGCCUCGAAGGGAUCCUGCACGGUUUCUCUGGAGUGCAGCAGUGACAGAGACGUCACCUACAAGUGGACUGUGGGCAGUCAAACUCUAACCCUAACCGGUCCCAAGCUGCAAUACACCAUCAGGCCAGAAGAUGGAGACACCACAUUUAACUGCACAGUUUCCAAUUAUGUCAGUAAACAAUCUGCAGUCAUAAUCAAGACAUGUAGCAACGACACCAUGAACACAGCAGAGUCCGGCUCUUCUUCUGUCUUAUUCAUCAUUAGGAUGUUGAUUGGAGCUCUGGUUAUUCUGCUGCUGCUCGUGCUACUUCACCACACAAAGGCAAAGGAUCUCUUUUGUAGCAGGUUCAAACACCAGGGUGAAAGUCAACAGCAGGUGUACUCGUCCCUCCUCCAGGGUGAUGGUGCUGCCUACGAAACAGCGGAAACCUCUGAUAAUUCUUGAAAGGGUAUCGAGUGAGCUGUAAAUACUAUUGACUCAUCAACAGAUUAUCAAUAAUUCAAAUAAUUAAACACUAAUUUAUUAUUUCAGGAGGAGCAACAGAUAGUGUCAUAUCUCAUUCACAUGUGAUGGAAGGGCAGAAGGCAACAUGAAUGAAAGAGCAACAUUUAUUUAUUUUUUUGCUUUUGUUUUUUAUAUUGACAUGUCAAUCUAUGAGCACAAAGCAUUUCUGGUGUGUGAAGUGUCAGCUACUCCUACUGUGGGAACGCAGUCUCUUUAAAAGGAACAGUCAACCCACAGAUACUGACUGUGGCGUCUUGGCCUCACGAUUUCCUCAUACGACACAUGCAUGCUAUGUUCACACAGCAGCAUUUUUAUUUGACUCUAUUAUCAGACUCGAACUCUGUGAAACUCUCGGAAAGGAUUUAGAAAAGGAUAUAAUAACUGAUGAUUAGAUCGAUAAAUUAAAUGUUAAAGCCCAGCACCUGACUAACCAGGAAGUCUAUAAGCUAGCAACCUUGACCAUCUUGUGACAAUUCAAUGUUCUGCUGGGAAACGUUUGAACCUGGUGUUCAUAGGUGUGAAUGUUACUUAGACAUGUGCAACCCACCUAGACUAAAGCACCCCCACCCCAUAGCAG